CAAGACAAGAUGAGGCAACAUCUCCAGCCCCUUCCUGCACAUCUCUUCAAAGUGAUCAUUCAAUGGAUCCACCAAUAACGUUUAAAAAAAGAACUCAAGAUAAAAGACUGAAACGAGAUGAAGCAACAUCUCCAGCCCCUUCCUGCACAUCUCUACAAAGUGAUCAUUCAAUGGAUCCACCAAUAACAUGUAAAGAAAGAACUCCAUAUAAAAGUAUUAUAAAGAAGAAUGUUCAGGAGCCAUUCCGUAGACCUGAUAGUGCAUGGCGAAUGGAGACUCUAUCUCCGGAUAUCAGUACACUUUCAGCCACACUGCUGACAGAGGAUCAUUACAGAUGUUCAGUGUGUACAGAGGUCUUCAAGAAUCCAGUUUCUAUUCCCUGUGGACACAGUUACUGCAAACACUGCAUUGAGAUCUACUGGAGCAAACCAACUCAAGCUGAAUGUUACGCUUGUCCUCAGUGCAGAAAGAGGUUCAGAGAUCGGCCUGUGUUAAAUGUUAAUGUUGCUUUAGCUAAACUGAUAGAUGAACUACAGCGGGCUGGGUUUAGUCCUGCUCUUCCUGCUCACUGCUAUGCUGGACCUGAAGAUGUGUCCUGUGAUAUCUGUACUGAUAUGAAGCUCAAAGCUGUUAAAUCCUGUUUGACCUGCUGUGUGUCUUACUGUGAGACUCACAUCAGACAACACUACACUGUACCAGCACUGCAGAGACACAACCUGAAUGAGCCUUACAAUGCUUCAACUAUGAUGACUACUGUAUCCAGAUCAGAGGAAGAAUUUCAAAAAGAGAUCAAAGACUUGACAGCGGAAUUGAUUAAACUGAAAUCGACCUUGACAAAAAAGGACACACAGACGAAGCGUUUGUGUAAAGGAUUUGUUCAAGUUCAUUGUGUUGAUUUCCCCUCAGACAUUAUUGAAGUUUCUGCUCUCGGUCGGCCUUUGGCCCUUGGAAUGUUGUAUGACUCUAAAAGUGAUUGUUACAGUCAAACUUCUUUUCUGUGGAGUAACAACACUAUUGCCUCUAUGAAAGUGUCUCUGCCUCGACCUCAAACUGAUGUGAAGAUUCUGACAGGCGACUCCAUACAGGACAGAUUCAGAGCUCUUGAAAUGUCUUCAGUGUUAAGAACAAAAGCUCUUCAUGGACUGAUAGAAGUUAUUGGAGCUGCAGCUUUUCUGAAUCAUCCAAUUCAGUCUGAGCAUCAGGACAGAGUUACACUGCACUAUAAAACCACCACCAGACUGGACAUGAUCAGUCAAACACUGUUACAUGAAGGAGUUUCUCCAUCAGUCAUUAAUACAACCACAGCUACACAUGUGAUCAUAGCUGUGAGCUACGGAGCUCAAGCCUUCUUUGUUUUUGAUCAUUGGUUGAAUAAUUCAGGGAAAACUGCAGAAAUGAAAGAUGUAAUCAAGAAGAUGUCCUCUUCUUUUUGUGCAAGUCAUGUGAAUUCAUUCCUGAAUGGCAGUGAAAAAGCUAUGAGCUUGUUAUAUAACUGUAGUCUCUACAUUGAUGUUGGUGACUGGAAGAGUCCAGUGUCUUUUGACAAGGCAGUGGUGAUCUAUAGUUCUUUGCCAGAACUGCUUGGAUCUCAAGGUGAGAAAGCGGUUCCUCUGAAAGUUUGGCUUUACCCUUUGAAGAAACUGGAGAGGACCUCAGCGUGUGCUGCUCUCAGUGGAGUCAAUGCAAGUUUUACUCAAAGAGCUGAGAACAUCCUAGAACAUCUUAAUAAACAGAUCAAGAAAUGUCAGGAUUUUAUGAUGAGCACAGAUAAUCUAAGUGUUGUUACUUGGUUUCCUGCUUUGAAAGAUAAAUUAGUGGAUUUUUCAGAGCUUCUUCAGAAAUACAAAGCAGAUUGUCAGAGAGGUAUCAAAGAGAUUGCUGAAGAUUCUGAAGUUAAAGAAGAGGAAGGAGAGAAGAAACUUCAACAUCUAAUAGAGAGACAUGACCGAUCACCAUUCAGUGCAGAUAACAUAAACCAGUGGCUGGAGAAUAAAGAAACUGAACUGAAGAUUUUAAAUGACUGUAAAGCUGCAGACAUCACUGUUGUGAAAUCACAGUCAGAGUUACAUCAGAUCAUAAAUGACCCACAGAUAAACCGAGUGAUGUGUCUCACUCUUACCUCACCAGAUGAUGAAGAUUCAUUCCUCACUGCUCUGAAGCACCAUAUUGAAUCUGAUCACAUUACACCAACAGAUUCACUUCAGUCCAAACCUGUUCAAAUCAAUCAGAAAGUGCUCCUUGAUUUACAAUUGUAUAUUGCUGCUAAAGAGGCAAAUGAAGAUACAGAACAAACCAGAUUCAUUGCUGCAUCUGUAAAUGUUGAUGGUUUUCCUGAAUACACUGUGCAGUUGUUUCAUGUUGGAAGUAUUAUCAGUGCAAAUAUAAAGCUUGAAUUAAAACCAGCUGUGCUUCAGGUAGCACAAACAAAACAUACCAGUGUGUCCCUUAAACUGAAUCAGCCACAAACCAAAAUAAUCAAGAGAUUUUUGGUGGAGUACAGGACUUGGCAUGAUCUCGGAAUAGAUAACACAUGGACAACACAUAAAACCAGAGCUUUAAAGGGAAAAUGUGUUUUAUCAGGCUUAAAACCAGACACAGAAUAUCAAUUGAGAUAUGCAGUUAUUUACAAACAAUGUAUGAGUGAUUUCAGCAGGAUUAUUCAUUUUAAAACCACUUUAGCUGCUAGACCUGGACGACCCUCUGUUACUCAACUGAGCAGAGAUACUCUCAAACUAACCUGGUUAAAAGCUGAGGCAGAUGAAGAUUGUCCAGUUCCGCAGUAUAUGGUUGAGUAUAGAGAAGCAGGACUUGUGGGCUGGUCAUCAGUAUUAACACAAGGAUCUGAGUGUGAAUGUACUUUAACUGUACCUCACAGCACCUGCUAUAGUGUCAGAGUAUCUGCUGUCUAUGAGGACAUCACCAGCAGACCUAGUGAGGAAACAUCUGUACCUGUGAAUGUCUGGACCAUAAAUCUAUCAGAGAGAAAGACCUCCAUCCUCCUAGAAGUGCUGAAACUCCAAACAGAGAAGAAACCAGUAGAGCUGAUAGACUGCACAGAUGAUGAGAGUGAAGUGAGAGGAUUCAUCCAGUGUCUGCCAUACAUCUCACAACUGAGAAUAUCUCAACUACAGAAGCAAGAAGAAUCACUUGAAGACUGGAAAAGAAGAAAGGGACUUUUUCUGCUAAAUCUUUGUUUGCAAGUAGGUCUAUGCCAAGAGGAAACUUUACAGGAAUAUAUGGAUUUACUUCUUCCACCUGUGCAUGAAGGGAAAUGUGACUUUCUACUGGAUCUGUACUCACAUGUGAAGGACUAUGAGAGUCAAACAGGCAGGAGUGUGCUACCAGCAUUACAGUCAAUUUAUCAGUCACCUGCAGUCUGGAUCAUAAACCUCUCAGAGAGAAAGACCUCCAUCCUCCUAGAAGUGUUGAAACUCCAAACAGAGAAGAAACCAGUAGAGCUGAUAGACUGGACAGAUGAUGAGAGUGAAGUGAGAGGAUUCAUCCAGUGUCUGCCAUACAUCUCACAACUGAAGAAUGCUGAUAAGUAUAUCCCAUCACUGUGUAAAGUGUUUGGUCCUAAAGUGAAUAGAGAUGAGGUGACUCCUCUGCUUCAGGCUCUGGGGUUUACAGUCACUCUGAGUGAAAAAUUACCCAGCAGCACCUGCAGAUGUGUGGGGAGAGUGUUGAGUAUCUCAUCAUCAAAACUAAAUCUGACUCUAAAGCCACAAGCAAUCUCUAUCAGAGGUGUUAGACGACUCUUCAGACACAUCACACACCUACAGAAACUCAGUCUUGAAGACAGAAUGGUGAUGAUGAUGAUGAAAGCACUGAGAUCAUGUAAUGGUCGUUCUUCACUGAUCAUAGAGGAACUUUCAGUGAUCACAAAAGACUCAAAGCAAAAUCACUGUAGGAUUGUGAGCAGCUUAACUUCUCUUCUGAGACGACUGUCUGUUCAACGUCUGGAUCUUACUGAAUGUAAAAUAGAUGCUGUGUCUGUCACUGCCAUGUUGUGUCUUCAGGGACUCCAGACUAUCAGGUUGUCUAAAGAGACUCUUCAGCAGCUGGUUUCAGUGGUGUAUGAAGCACAGGAUGAUGAACUGACAAGCUGCUUUUUAAAGAAGGCAUCUGUCGAUCUGACUUCAUGCUCACUGACCUGGGAAGUGAUUCAGUAUCUGCUACAACAUCAAACUUUAGAUUUGGACUUUAGGAAAAGCAAAAUCUCUUGUGAAAACAUCAGAGAACUUCUGCCUCGGUUAAGCAGAAUCCAGUUAAAAAGGAUGACCCCCAGUUUCAUUCUGUCCAUCAUUAUGGAGAUUUAUGAGAGUCGCUCUCCUCAGUUUGUGUCCGGUCUGUUGAGUUCAGUUGAAAAUAACAUCAACCUGAAGAACAAAGUGUUGAAUUCAGAUCAGUGUUCAGCUCUGUGUUUCACUCUCCAGCACUGUAACACUGUCAAACUUAAUCUGUUCUGGACCUCCAUACCAGAGGAGGAGCUAAAGAGACUUCUGCCCUUACUCAACAGAGUCACACAACUCAGUGUUGACAGACAGCUCUUACUGAAGCUGCUUCAUUGCUGCAGUUCAUCUGAUGACCAACAGGAGGCAGCAAAUCUUCUGCUCUCUGCUCUUCAGUACAGACUGGAUUUCUCCUCCUGCUCAAUUUUAGACCUGACAGUCACAGAGAACCAUUUGAACCUGACGAUAAAAGACUGUAGCGUAAUCGCAUCUGUGCUUCAGAAAUCUCAAAGUGUUGUGAAGUUGGUUUUAGAGGACUGUAAGGUCUCUGAUUCAGCCCUAAAACAAUUUCUGCCCAUUCUGUCUCAAGUUCAGCUCAGUUGUAAAGCUCUUCUACAGCAGUUUAUAGCUUGUAUUACUGAAGAUACAGAGAAAGGAUCUUUGAGGUGGGUUCAGGCUCUUUGUCAAGCUUUAGGAGGUGAGGUGGACCUCAGUCACACUCAGAUGGAUCAGAGAUGUUGUGAACAGCUGUCAGUGUUUCUGGAAUAUUCUGAUGGAUUGACAGAACUGGACCUCAGUCACUGCAGACUCACUGAUCAAUACAUGAAUCCACUCUUACCACACCUGCACAAGACUCAAACUCUAGAUCUGAGUCGCAACAAUAUUACUGAUGAACUAGCAAAGAAAAUACACAGCGUUGUUUCCACUCACAACAAUAUUCAGACAGUACGACUCUUUGGAAACAACAUCCGAGACAAAAAGCAGUUUACCAGAAACGAGCGAUUUGAAAUCUGGUAAAGACACCGGAGUGUAACUCGACUUGCCAUCAAUGAAAAUGAAAAUUUAAACUUUUACCUCUGCCAAACCCUGUAUGAAUUAUAAAGAAUAUUAAAGAUGCAAUCAGCAACUGUGUUUUGGUUAAAAUUAAACCGUGUUAUUAAUGGUCUCCUUAUCUUAUCUUAUCAAAUUCAUAAUGUAUUUUUUUUUUUUUAUAAUUUGAGUUGGCGUCAUUUUCCGUCAGCCCAUUUAAAGAUGUGUAAAGUAACCUGAUAUUUUAUGUUUCAAACGUAGAUGGGGAUUUAAAGACAUAUUUUAUAUUUAAAAUGACAGAAAUGAACUUCUGAAUUUCUACAAAGCCAAAAAAUAUUUCCUUAAGUAUGAAGUCAAUGUAUGUUAUAAUAGCUUUGAAAUAAAAUUAACAUUUCACAUAAAUCCA